AUGUGGCUGAAGUCGUUGGUCCGUCUGGCUGUCCUGGCUGGCCCUGUUGCCGCUGUCACCGAAAUCACCGAUGAUGAGAUGACUUCGUUUCUAGCUGCUGGUGGCAUAGAGCUGGCUGACCGCUAUGCGCCCAUGUGGUUUUUUGGCCAAGCCGAGGACCAACCGCCUUGUUAUCCAACUUGGGCUUUUGGAGGAUCACCAACAUCAGCAGAUGUUUACGAUGACUCUCAUAAGACACCGGCUGCGGCACAGUGCCAGUAUCCAGAUGUUGGCUGCAACUGUCGCAACCCGGGUGUGAGUAUUGGCAACCCAGGACCUGCUUUUCCCGUCUACUACACCUACGAGCGCUGCAAUGACACCGAGGUGCGCAUGGUGUAUAACCUCUUCUACGAGAAGGAUGGUGCUACAUUCGGAGCCAUCGAGACUGGCCAUGACUAUGACUGGGAGCGAGUGAUCAUCAUUCACUCGCGGGGCGACACCAACACAUGGGCGCCAUCCCGUGCUUUACUAUCCGCUCACAGCGGCUACCAUAACCUGGCCUGGGCGGACAUCCAGAAUACACUCACAACAGACGAAGUUAAUGUCGGAGACGCCAAGGAUCCCAACGGUGUGCGAAACAACGAUCAUCCUAAAGUCUACGUUUCGUGGUCUAAGCACGCCAACUUUGACACUCGCAACACGGGUUGGAAUGAUCCUGCCAGCCAAUCUCUGGACAAUGCCUUCCGCAGUCAAGAUUGGUGGUACUUCGUUGACCCCCAAUAUUAUAUUCGUGCUGACGAUAGCACGGAUGCUGGAAAGGCGAUUGGGGCGACCAACUGGGGCGAUGCGACGAGCAACCCACCCUCCGUGCAGUCUAGUGUUUGCAGUGCGGCAUAA